AGCUAAUUCGGGAUAGGUCUAUUAAACCGCGAAACAAAAUCAAAGAAAGUACUAAGUAAUAGUUAAAUAGUAGAACUAAUAGUUCAAUAAGUUGAAUAAGUGCCGUAUAAGUUCCAUAGUAAUAUGAGUAAAGGAAUACAGGAAUAAAGAAAUAUAGAAUUGAAAGAAGACGCGACUGGGAUACUUAGAAAUUAAGCUUCCCAGUCUUUCAGUCCUGCAGUGUCGAUUUUCGGCUCUCCUACWGAGGGAGAUGAGAAAAAAAAAGCUUCUGCAAAUCAGUAGUCAGUCUCAAGCAGGGAAAAACUAUCGUUGUUGAUACCUUGAGCUUCCUGUGGUAGGAAUUAAUUUUUCCUUUGAUCUUAAUUUAUUCACGUGAUUUGUAUGUCGCAUAGAAACCAGCUGAGUAUGGUUAAACUAUUAUAGAAACUGUACUCCAACAAUGUGUACACAUGCCAAAUAAAUUCACUGGAUAUUUGCUUCUUAGUUAUCUAGUGGAUACCGAUAUACACCGAUAUGUGAAUGAUGACUUCUUUUCCAGUGCUCACUAAACUAGACGCGAGAAACCGUCAACAAACUCCUCACUUCGCCUUGUCACGUAACCCCGAAAGGAGAAGCAUCUCGAGUCUUAACRACUCAGAAAUUUAUAAGCUGCCAUAUAAGCUCACAUGUUCUUYACAACAUUCUCGAGAACCAGCCAAAUUAUCAACAGUUUCUUUGGUAGGAAGAAAAGACCAAAAAGCCAAAGCAAAAUCUUCUCAAGCAUCAAGUAUUUCUGGAAAAGAUAAGAGAGAAACCAACUGCAGUACAAGUAUUGAGUAUGACGAAUCCAGACCACAGUUAAAGGUAGACUUAAAUGUACCAAAUCCAACCACGUACAACCCACCCAAAUAUCUACCAUGGGAAACCACCUCACCUUCAUUUACAAUGAGGCCAAAAACCCAACCAGAAAAAGAUUGUGGUGGGGAUCGUGUGGCUUGGAACAAGCAAUGGUUUGCCAGUCAUGAUAUCUGGACUUACAGGGCACACUACGAUAAGAGAUGUCCAUGGCCUUCCCCAGCUCAUUACACUUCAAAAGGAACGGUAGGCGAGACCCAGUUUUGCCUAACUCAGUCUCCAUCAUAUUCCAUGGGAAAGCGUAGGACAACAGUCUUUAGUAAAAAAGGUUCCGAGAGUGAGCCGUCUCCAAACCAGUAUAACUAUUCAAAACCCAAGCUUAAGUUGAUGAAAAAGUUUCCAUCGUACACUAUUCAAGAAGGACGUCGAGGAGGUACUGCUAUCUGGAGUGCACGAGAACCAGUACCUGGACCAGGAACCUACAAUCCCUUCUUUUAUAGAUCAAGUAACACGCGAUGUGCUCCUUGUUUUUCUAUGUCGCGUGGUGUCAGGGAAAUGGGUAUCACAAGAAACUGUACUCUAUAGACCAGUAAACAGAUGUCUUAAGGCAUUCGUUUAUUGAUCAACACUAAGAACAAGAACCUAAUGUACCUAAGGCAUAUAACGAAGGCGAGAGAUCUUAGGCAGGAUGUGGGCGCGUACAAAUACCCUGACUGAGCUAACGCAUGCCCUAUGCGAAUAUGACCACUAUUUAUUUUYAGAAAUAAAAGCUAGUUUAAAAAGUAAGUCGGUCCACUCUUUAGGAAGAGCAAGCCAAAAUGUGUAUUUUUGAAGAGUUUUUARAAUUGCUAACAGAAAAGUGAAUCAAAAUGCUAUGGAUCCUUCUCAAAAUUAUCUUGUAUGUGAGGCUAUCAUGAAAAUACAAAAGGAAAUCAGACUUUUUCUCAAAGGAAUAUUUACUUAUUUUCAUUURAGAUAAUUUUGAGAAGGGUCCAUUUGCUAUGUGUCCAGCAACUGUGGACUGUUCACAUAUAAAAAUUCUAAUAGCUGCUUUAAGAGAAUUUAACGUUUUUACCUCAAUAUUCCUAACUUUGUUGAAAUCGUUCUAAUUUUUAGAAAAUAAAGAAAAUAAAGGCUAGUUUUUUUUUAAAUUUCGCUGAAAGCCGAGUUGAAAAAAAAACAAACCUGAGUAUGAAAAAUUCAAGCUCGAUGAAUAAAAGAACCCUUAACUUA